UCCCGUCACUCCUGCCCAGGGAGAAAACAUGUAAACGCGCCUCCAGAGGAGGGGCUGGGGUAGCUGGGAGCGGCGGGGGAGGCUGAAGGUGAGGCCCGGAAGGUGGCCGAGAGCCCCUGCUGCCGGGCCUUUGCCGGUGCUCCCUCCGGGCGUCAGCCCCAGCCCUGUUGGCCCCCACCCCACCCCCCUUUUCGAAGGGAUUGCUUUUCUUUUCUCUGCGGCGGCGGAAAUGACAGUGUGGAGCUGCCGUGGUGUCAUGGUGCUGCCCAUGGACUGAGGGGGCGAAAACUCUUAAGUUUGGAGCGUCGCGACCGCCGUGCUGUCCCUUGCGGGGCGCGCGGGCGGGCGGAUCCCGGCUGCUGCGCGGCGGCAGCGGCGAAGGCGAAGGCGAAGGCGAAGGCGGGCGGCGGCCUAGAGCGGCGGCAGCGGCAGCCCGGGGAGCUCGCGCCAGCAUCGGAGCCUGAGCCAGCUCGCGGCGGAGGGAGGCGAGCGCCCUGCGCCCUGGGGCGCGCUCAGGAGAUGGCCGGCACCCGGGAACGCUCUGGGUGAAAGCCCAGCCUCUGUGGUUCUUAAUGCCUCAGCAGGAUUAUUUUCAUUAAAGAUGGAAACACUGGAGUCUGAAUUGACCUGUCCAAUCUGCCUAGAGUUGUUUGAAGACCCCCUUCUGCUCCCUUGUGCUCAUAGCCUUUGCUUCAGCUGUGCCCAUCGCAUUUUGGUCUCCAGUUGCAGCUCUGGUGAAGCCAUUGAACCCAUUACUGCUUUCCAGUGUCCUACGUGCAGGUAUGUUAUCUCGCUGAACCACCGGGGCCUGGAUGGCCUCAAGAGGAAUGUGACUCUGCAGAACAUUAUUGACCGUUUCCAGAAGGCUUCAGUUAGUGGGCCCAAUUCCCCAAGUGAGAGCCGCCGUGAGAGGACUUACAGGCCCAGCUCCACCAUGUCUAGUGAGCGAAUUGCUUGCCAAUUCUGUGAGCAGGAUCCGCCAAGGGAUGCAGUGAAAACAUGCAUCACCUGUGAGGUCUCCUACUGUGACCGUUGCCUGCGGGCCACACAUCCUAACAAGAAACCUUUCACCAGCCACCGCCUGGUGGAACCAGUGCCAGACACACACCUUCGAGGGAUCACCUGCCUGGACCACGAGAAUGAGAAAGUGAACAUGUAUUGUGUAUCCGAUGACCAAUUGAUCUGUGCCUUAUGCAAACUGGUGGGGCGUCACCGAGACCAUCAGGUCGCAUCCCUGAAUGAUCGGUUUGAGAAACUCAAGCAAACUCUGGAGAUGAACCUAACCAACCUGGUUAAGCGUAACAGUGAACUAGAAAAUCAAAUGGCCAAGCUAAUACAGAUCUGCCAGCAGGUUGAGGUGAAUACUGCUAUGCAUGAGGCAAAACUUAUGGAAGAAUGUGACGAGUUGGUAGAGAUCAUCCAGCAGAGGAAGCAAAUGAUUGCUGUGAAAAUCAAAGAAACAAAGGUUAUGAAACUGAGAAAGUUGGCACAGCAGGUUGCUAAUUGCCGCCAGUGUCUUGAAAGGUCAACAGUCCUCAUCAAUCAAGCUGAGCAUAUCCUGAAGGAAAAUGACCAAGCACGGUUUCUCCAGUCUGCAAAAAAUAUUGCUGAGAGGGUCGCUAUGGCAACUGCAUCUUCUCAAGUUCUGAUUCCAGACAUCAAUUUUAAUGAUGCCUUUGAAAACUUUGCUUUAGACUUUUCCAGAGAAAAGAAACUGCUGGAGGGGCUAGAUUAUUUAACAGCCCCCAACCCACCAUCUAUCCGAGAGGAACUCUGUACUGCUUCCCAUGACACCAUUACAGUCCACUGGAUCUCGGAUGAUGAGUUCAGCAUCAGCUCCUAUGAGCUUCAGUACACCAUAUUCACUGGCCAGGCUAACUUCAUCAGUAAGUCAUGGUGUAGUUGGGGCCUGUGGCCAGAGAUAAGGAAAUGUAAGGAAGCAGUAAGCUGCUCAAGAUUGGCCGGGGCGCCACGAGGCCUGUAUAAUUCAGUGGAUAGCUGGAUGAUUGUGCCCAAUAUUAAGCAGAACCAUUACACAGUGCAUGGACUCCAGAGUGGGACACGCUACAUCUUCAUUGUUAAAGCCAUAAACCAAGCAGGCAGCCGGAACAGUGAACCUACCCGACUAAAAACAAACAGCCAACCCUUUAAACUGGAUCCCAAAAUGACUCACAAGAAGUUGAAGAUCUCCAAUGACGGCUUGCAGAUGGAAAAGGAUGAAAGCUCUCUGAAGAAGAGCCACACCCCAGAGAGGUUUAGUGGCACAGGGUGCUAUGGGGCAGCAGGAAACAUAUUCAUUGACAGUGGCUGCCACUACUGGGAGGUGGUCAUGAGUUCCUCAACAUGGUAUGCAAUUGGCAUUGCCUACAAAUCAGCUCCCAAGAAUGAAUGGAUUGGCAAGAAUGCCUCCUCGUGGGUCUUCUCUCGAUGCAAUAGUAACUUUGUAGUGAGACAUAACAACAAGGAAAUGCUGGUGGAUGUGCCCCCGCAGCUGAAGCGUCUGGGUGUCCUUUUGGAUUAUGACAACAACAUGCUGUCUUUCUAUGACCCAGCUAACUCUCUCCAUCUUCAUACUUUUGAUGUGACCUUCAUUCUACCAGUUUGUCCAACAUUCACAAUCUGGAACAAAUCCCUAAUGAUCCUGUCUGGCUUGCCCGCCCCGGAUUUUAUUGAUUACCCUGAGCGGCAGGAAUGCAACUGCAGGCCGCAAGAAUCCCCUUAUGUUUCUGGGAUGAAAGCUUGCCAUUAAGUUUCAAGAGAGCAUAUAAUUCACUGGCUCUCUAGUUCAGCAGUUCUUCCCCUCCUAAACCUCAGUUAGUGUCCAAUAUACAAAAUACAAAAUAAAGUUCAUUUGAAGCAUCCGAACCAACUAGAUAUUAUAGAUUUAAUUUUUUUGCAUUAAAGCUUGUAUUUGAAUUAAGGUUUUGAGUUUCUCAGAACAAAUUUUCUGAGUAGUCUGAACUCAAGCCAUUGGAGAAGAAAUUUAGAGAAUGCCUCUUUUCUCAUUGGAGAAUUUAAAAUUCCCAAUGAUUUGGAGUAUAAAUGAUAUUGGGAGGGAAUAGGGUAAUUCUAGGUAAAUAAUGUAGAAAGAUGCUCUGAACAAGGAGCUAGCCAGCCAGAAAGGGGGGAUGUCAGCUUUUCUAGUACUGACCAAUUUAGCCCGGUAGAAUUUUGACAUGUCAAAUGAUUGCUUAUUAUAUGUAGCUUUUAAUAAAAACCUACAAUCACAGAUUUAUUAUAAAGAAAAUAUGUAUAUGUAUAUAUAAUUUAUAUAAAAUGAAUAAAUAAUAUAUGUCAUUUAUUCAUUUUAUAAUUACAUAUACAUAAGAAACUGUUUAACUUGAUCAUUUGAGUGAGAAAUAUACUGGAAGGGAAAAUAAAUUAUGCCAUUUAUUUUUGUCCCCUAAAAGAAACAGUUGACAUCAAAAUCAGCCAACAUUUCUCUCCUGCCUGCCUCCAUCCCUUUUUUCCUCCCUGUUGUCACACACACAUGCAAUAAUGACAUAGAUGGUGGGAAGAGUUCUGGGUUGGAUUAGGAGAGAUUGAGGGACAAGAUUGCACAACAGAGCUAUUGCUGGAUACAAAAUUGACUGAGGUAGAAGUGUUUCAUGUAGCACAAUUUCACUGAUGUUACCUUAAUGGAGGAGGUUCUGAAUCGUUAAAAAUUCUGUCACAGAAUAUUUCCAAAAAAAAAUACAGUUCUGUUUCUUUUU